CAGGCCCUGGCCUGGCUGGGCCGAGUGCAGGGCGUCUAGCCCCAGGGAGAGGUGGGGCCAGCUGCAGUCCACACCCACGCGACUAUAAAGAGGGAGCUCCAGCUGUUGCUGCCUCAGCUUCCCUUCCUCAGCCACUCACACAUCUGCACCAUGGACCCUGGAGAAUGCACGUGUAUGUCUGGAGGGAUCUGCAUCUGCGGAGACAACUGCAAAUGUACCACUUGCAGCUGUAAAACAUGUCGCAAAAGCUGCUGUCCCUGUUGUCCCCCAGGGUGUGCCAAGUGUGCCCGGGGCUGCAUCUGCAAAGGGGGCUCAGACAAGUGCAGCUGCUGCCCCUGAAACCCACCCAUAGUGCUGGGAGAGAUCCUGAGAUGGGUCUGUACA